AUGGGUACCGUUUAUUAUCCAUGUGCCGUGUCCCGCUCUGAUGGGUGUAGAGAGACAGCUACUGGGAGGGAUGGGUCGAAGGAGCCAAAUACGCCUACAGCAAACCAGAAGGAUGAUACGCCAAAGGCAACGAAUGAUCCCAAGGACCCUGGGCAGCUUAAGUACGUUGUGGAUUGUUACAAGAAGCUAGACGACAAUGAUCUCAAGGCUAUUGAGUGGAGGCGCAAGUUGGGUGGCAUGCUUAUGAGCAUUUUAACGAAGGAUAACAAGGAGUUGAAGCGCAGAAACUGGAUUCUUAAAGAGCUACCAGAAGGCUACGAACUAUGGGAACACUUGAAAUACAAAGUUACAUACCGGACGGUGAACGGGAAGGAGAAGCAGACCGAUGGCAAUUUCGAGAGACAAGACGCCUACCUGUACGGACAUCCGCAAGGUCGCAAGAAGAGAUACAGAAGUCCCGCGGAUUUCUUGCCACAUCUUUUGUGGCUAGCAGUUGACAAGGAAGGAGACAGCAAGAAUUGCUCAUGCAAAGUCUGCUCACCGGACGCCAGCGAUGAACAAAUGGACGAGGUCAAGGGGGAAGAUAGCACGCUUCAGCCCAGUAUAAAUACUGAUUCUAAGGAGCAAGUUAUUAUACCGUCACGCUCUCAGCCUCCACCACAAGCAAAUGCACCCGCUGUUGCACUCUCGACACCCAGACUUCAGCCACCAGCUCCUAAGCAUGGGCCGUCUCCAGAACAGCUCUACGACAGUCAAUCUGGAGGGUCAUACCUAUAUCGACCAGGAGAGCUGGUCUGGUGGGAGAACGAACCCAGCAACAAUUGGCGUCUGGGCGUCAUUUCAAGAAGAGGCUUGAUGAACAAUGCACCACGAUACUUCGUACAACCCUUAUCAAAUCCUUAUGAAGCACAGAAUCCUAGAAUCCUCAAUAAAGAGAGCUCGCUUCGACCGUGGUUGGCAUGGAGUCUCCCACCCACUACAAUUCCUAUACUCCAAAGUAAAGGCUUCGAUGACGUGCCUUGGGACCGUGUUGUCCGAGGAGACUUUGAUCAAAAUCAAAGCAAAGAAUAUGUUGUUGACGGCAGUAUCCUCGCCGCGCGAAGCAUAGACGCCAGCUACUCGUUCUUCGACCGAAACGAGAGCGCGCUGGCCGGCCCAGGCGAAGUCCACUACAACGGUAUGUUCUUAGGUGGUGAGAAGCUCUGGGUUGGUGAGCCCGUUCGCAUGCGCGGCCCUCCAGCAGCUGCAUCGCUAGCACCAGAUAUACUGGUUUUGGUUGUACAUAAGCUCAUUGAGCGUACCACACAUACGGGCUCUUCGGUGACUAUCAUCGGUGAAGUCUACAAAUGGGUUGAAAUGCCGACACCGUACACUAGUCGCACACAAUGGCCGACUCCAAACCUACCACCUCGCAUGGUAGCCGAUCUCCGCUUCCGCAACGAGAUCGCGGAUAAUGCCAAGACGGGAAUGUGGUAUGAAUGGCGCCUGCUCGACCCGCUCGCAAAGAAAAGCCUAUUGGACAUCAAAGGUCGAUGGUACGAGACUAAGAACCUCUUACCUACCCUGGCUGGUGCAACAAAGUUCAGACAAGAUGUAGCGCUGGGCAAGCUUCUGGAUGCGAAUGAGUGGAUGAACGCUCGGCUUGACAAUAACCCUGUUCCGGAGCAGAGGCGGAAGAACAGGGCCGAUACCUUUGGACGGGCAGUGCCUCCCGAGUUCAAAGUCAGCCGUGGUUUGGCUGGGGAUCCAGCGGAUGAUUUGUUCCCUGAUCAGAUGCAGGCGAAUAUGGAGCAGUACAUGGAGAUGGGCCAAGGGCAGAGUCAACAGCAGCAGCAGUUCUAUGCCGGCUCGAUACAGCAUUAA